AUGGAGGCAUACGUUGAUGACAUGGUGGUAAAAAGCCUGGUGGCUGAGUGUCAUUCGGAGGAUUUGGAGGAGUGCUUCAAAACCCUUCGAAAGUUUUUGGGCUACAUAGUACACCACCGAGGGAUUGAGGUGAACCCUGCGAAGGUUAAAGCUAUCAUGGAUAUGCCAGCCCCGAGGAGUGUGAAAGAGGUACAGAGCCUUACGGGCAGGAUGACAGCCCUAGGCAGAUUCCUUUCUCGUUUGGCAGAAAAGGGCCUUCCUUUCUACAAGAUCUUAUCAAAGGCAAACAACUUUGAAUGGAAUUCUAAAUGCCAGAGAGCUUUCGAAAAGCUGAAGGAGCACCUGGCCACGCCCCCGGUUCUUACCAAGCCGAAGCCAGGAGAACCAUUAUAUACAUAUUUGGCAGUGGCCAAUGAGGCUGUAAGCUCGGUGUUGAUACGAGAAGAAGAUAAGAUCCAGAGGCAUGUUUAUUAUGCGAGUAAGCGAUUGACGAGAGCUGAGGUCCUUAGCAAACCAGAACUUUCAAGGCAGAUGUUGAAGUGGGCAGUGGAGCUCACAGCCUUCGACAUUGAGUAUAAGCCACAGCCGGCUAUUAAGGCACAGUCGUUAGCAGACUUUAUUACCAAAGGGAUAGGAACUCCUGAAGGCGUUGAAGAAAAUCAGGGACCAUGGCUGGUGGCAGUAGACAGAAGCUUGACCUCGGGGGGUGGAGGAGCAAGAUUAAUGAUAAAAAGUCCCGAAGGGAAAAUAUGGCCUUAUGCUUUACAUUUUGAAUUCCGAGUGUCUAACAACGAAGCGGAAUAUGAGGCCUUGUUGGCUGGUCUGAGGUUGGCUGAGCAGUUGGGAGCUCAAAAUGUCGAGGUGAGUUCAGAUUCUAAUUUAGUGGUGCAACAGGUGAAUGGAGAGUAUGAAGCUCGAGAAAGUCACAUGGCGCGAUACUUGGCCAUGGUCAAAGAGCUGAUGGCGCAUUUCCAACACGUAAAGGUGGAGUACGUCCCUCGGGCUAUGAACACGGAGGCGGACCUGUUAUCCCGAAUCGCUUCUUCCUCUUUCCCUACGAGCUCUCGGGAAAUUCGGAUCGAGUCUCUUCCGCAAAAGAGUAUCGAAGAAGUCGCGAAUCAGUUAUGUGUAGAGGACGAGCCUAGCUGGAUGGAUCCUCUAUUGUCGUAUUUGAGAGAAGAAAGACUCCCCGAAGACGAUUCGGAGGCUUGGGAGGUUAAUGGCCAAAUUGAGCUCGCCAACAGGACUUUGUUGCGAGGUUUAAAAGCGAGGGUGGAUAAGGCGAAGGGUAGUUGGGUGGAAGAACUAUCGAGCAUCCUGUGGUCUUACCGAACCACGGUGAAGCUUUCCACGAGAGAAACUCCUUUCAGUCUAUGCUAUGGUUCGGAAGCGUUAAUCCCAGUUGAGAUCGGAGUACCUACGCUGAGAGUAGAGCUGUUCAACCCUGAAUCCAAUGAACAAAGUUUGAGGGACAACCUGAACCUCCUUGAUGAAUUUCGUGAUCAAGUGAAGAUUCGACAAGCUGCUUACAAUUAA